AUGCCCAGUACUGGCCACACGAUACUAGCACUCGUGCUCGCAUCCGAAUACGUCCUCGGCGGCCUCGGACGAGUGUCUGCCGUGCCCUUCUCGGCCCUAAACGAGCGCAUCUUCCAAAAGAGCAUCAAGACAGCGCCUCAUCCUAGCCCGGUGUUUCCCUUCACUGACGUUCAGAGCCCCAAGACGGUGCGGCUGCACAUGCUGGUAGUCGGUGCCCUCAUGAUCACCGAGGGCAUCCUGCUGCUCAGCCCGGCUACGCGAGCGAUGUCUGGCACUCUCGGGCUGGGCUGCUUUCUGACCGUGGCUGGGGCUUGGAGCCAGAUGAGAGCCGGGCUCAAGUACUGGUUGCCGCUGGUCAACUUUGGCUUGGCAUGGGCUGUUUGGGCACUCGACUAA